AAUGCUAGAGGAGAUGAACAAGAUGAAUGAGGAAAACUCUACUCUCAGACAGGACAAGAAAGACCUGGCGGCCAAAUUGCAGCAGCAGGAAAAAGGCGUCCAGGACACAACGACUGCGGCACAAGCAAGACGAAGGGCCACGAGGUCACUUAUUCCGUUAUUAUAGUAUUGUGCUGGAUCUAAAUCGCCAUGAGUAACACCGAUUUACCCAAGUGUACUUACUACUGCUGUCUGGCCCUAUCCGACGACUGCUGUUGCUAUGGCCACGACUAGCAUUGAAUUUACUUGUCGAGUGUGCUGUUCGUCACCUCAAUGUAGCACAACACAUUGGUAGCUUUGGAAGUAGCAUCCACCUCUCUCUAGGAAACGAAAGGAAAAGAUAGGAUAUCCUCCUGUGGUUCGUCGGGAUGAGGUGUGGUAGGACCUGUCCCAACGGUACGGAUCCCUCGUUUGUUUGUUUUUUGCGGUGCUGCGGGUUCGGUUGGUUGUUUUUGUUCCUCUUACGUGCUCUGCGGGGUAACCCAACAUCGACUACAACUUAGAUUAAUUGAAAAGAAGUAUAUUCUAGCUUUCAUUGUAUACUAUUAUAGGCUUCUUGACGGAGCACCCGAUGUUUGGCCAAGCUCUUU